AUGCUAUCGAAAUGUGACAUUCAAUCAAGAAUCUUGCUCCUCUUCGCACUCUCUCUUCUCGUCCUCGCCUCCGUCUUGUUCCUCAUCCAUUCCACGUCAAUCUAUGAUCUCGACUCGACAAUAUCCGACUUCUCGUCGAUUUAUUUGGAGCAUGUGAGAAAGUUCAAAGAGCCCUAUCCACCUAUGCUCAUCGGAGCCUAUGAAAAUGAGCAUGGAAUUUCGGUUUCAGUGGCUGCGCUCAAACCAAUCGGGUAUGAAAUUCAAUUGAUGGUUUACAGUUCAAAUUGUGUUUUAGGUACACUGUCUACUGUCGAUACUUUGACAAAACCGGCAAGGAACAUGAGAAGCCCAUGAAAAGCUUCGUCUUCCCGUUAUUUGUGGUGUUUUGCGAUAGAAAGACACCGGAAACGUAUCGAAUUGCGAUUACGGACAGUCCGACAACCUUGGUAUACGAACAGUUUCAAACAAACGUCAUUAGAUGGACCGGUAAGCGUAUUUUUCGAGGAAAAGAGCGAGAGAGCGAGGGAAAAGAGUCUUCCAGAAAGUUACACUCGCUUCCUAACGCAUUGUGCAGCUCCAAUAUUCGGAAAAGAGCCGAAAUGGUUGCAUUUGGUGGAGAUGAUCGAGCACUACAAACUGAUGGGCGUCUCCAAAUUCUACUUUUACGUCCGCGAAAUCGAUCCGUACGAUUUGGAACUGCUGCGGCACUACGUUGAGAAACGGGAAGAAGUGGAAAUUGUGGAGGUUCCUUCCAUUUACAUGGAUGCGGUCUCACAACAGUUGCUCGCUGUUGCUGUAAGUUUAGAGAAGGACGGUAGAAGGAAGAAGGAACGAGAAGUUUAGGACUGUCACCUACGGAAUAAAUUGUCUGCGAACUGGACCAUAUUCUCAGACAUUGACGAAAGAAUGAUAAUGACGGAUGAGAAAGAGACAAUAUCCAACUUUCUGAGGAACUCUCUCGGCGACUCUUAUGGAGCGGUCAUGUUCGCCCAACGAUGGAUCUUCAAGCUCGAUCAGCUACCCGAUCACUUCAUCAACUAUCAACAGGUACUAUUCUGUGUUGCGGCAACAAUACUCAUCUUCUUCAGGUAAUGGAACAAAUGCCAACACGUAAAUGGGAGGUGACUACACGCGCGGCGGUGAACUGUACGGAAGGGAAACACUGUUGGGGGAAGAUGAUUAUAAACAACAGAAAGGUCCUUCAAAUGUUGAUUCACGAUGUGGGCGAGUACGAAAACGGAUUCGAGCCGUGGAUUCUGGAUCCGAAAGUUGGAUACAUCAGGUAAACAAUUCGUUCUAUUCGUGUACAGGCUCAUACGUUCAGGCACUAUCGAGACGUGAAAAUGGGCAAUUGGUUCAAGAGAAACAAAGAUCACUUGGAAAGUCUGAAACCCUUUGAAAACACUACUUACAAUAACCAUCUCAAAUCGACGCUUCUCUCCAAUGUUUUGCAAGUUCUUCAUGAGGUUUACGAUCGUCAAUGA